UUAAAGCACUACCUUCAAUGUAUUUAUAAAUGUGGCUCCAACAACAUAUGCGAUGGAAAACUGAAAAUGGAUCUGUUGUUGAUUUGUUUACCAACUUCAAUUGAACCUCACAUUUUGACUGAUCCAUACUCCUUGCUUACAAAAGAGAAAAUAACAAGACCGAUUGAAAGCGGGGGUCAAUCUGCCGCUGCUGUUCUCUGUUGUGUUGGUAAGGAGUUUCCACCCCACGAAUCAAGAACUGAUUUCAUUGAAGAUAUUGUCGGCCUUGUAGCACUUAUUGGAAAAGCUUGGACCAUCAAGCUUAGCAGACUGAUGGUGGCAUUAGGAUUCCUUCAGAAGAUGAAAGCACAUAAUCACCUCAUGGAAGUUUUACAAAGGUUUGGCUGGUUUAUUGACUGCAAAAUAUCUGGCAGGUGCAGGUCACCAACCUUUGUUACUAGAAGCAAGAGAUUGUCUAGGUGGAAAGGUAGCUGCCUGGAAAGGUGAUGAUGGGGACUGGUAUGAGACAGGCCUGCAUAUAUUUUUUGGGGCUUACCCAAAUAUACAGAACCUGUUCGGAGAACUUGGUAUCAAUGAUCGAUUGCAGUGGAAGGAGCACUCAAUGAUAUUUGCAAUGCCAAACAAGCCAGGAGAAUUCAAUUGAUUUGAUUUUCCUGAAGUUCUGCUAGCUCCUGUAAAUGGUUAGAUACUUGUACCCACCACUAAAGAGAAAAAGGAAACCCCGCGACCAUUAUUAAUUGAAGUUAUGUUCUGCUUCUUCUUUAAAAAAAAAAAGUAUGUGCUCUUUACGUAGAUCUGGAAAUGCAUGUUGAGGAACCAGGAUUGGACACAAAGAGUAAAUUGGCUUGUUGGUUUAUGUAGUUAUUACCUGAUAAAUAUUUGAACACAAAUUCAAUUCUUCCGACCAUGUCUAUGACAAAGUGGCCCCGUAAUCAAUAUAUGUAUUAUAAGAAACAAAACAUGCGACUAAUUCAUUAAAAUGUUAUUAGUAAAGGCGAAC